AUGGGAUCGACAGCAGUCAAAGGUCUCUGGCAGGAGGCAUAUGAACUGCUUAUCCGCGACCCAAAUAACGCCGGUCUAGUCAAAGCCUACGAGAGUGCUCUCUUGCAUGAAGAGAAGGAAGGAGAGGGUCCCGACAACGAUGAGCACGGCAUUAGCCCGCUUCUACACACGAUCGUUCGCCGAAAGCUGGAGGAUAUCCGGUAUUCUCUAACAAAGUUCCGUUUGGGAGGCAAAGAAAUAUUUGUUAAAGACCAGGUCCGUCGGGGGAUCAACUUAGUUGUGUCGGUACAAGGUAUUGUGACCACGGCAGUGAGUUCAGAGCCACAUGCUGCGGUCCAGAACAACCGAUUGGAAGCACCCUUUUUCUAUAUGGAAGUCUAUAAAUCCAAGAGGAAUAGCCAUUUCAGUGAUGUCGACUUAAGCAUGGUGGUCAUCUAG